AUGCCCCCCUACACACACUUCCUGCCCCGGCCAGCAGGGGGGUUCUCCACCACCUACCACAUCCACCCAGUCUUCCCCAGGGACAGUAGCAGUAGCUCUGCUGGGGCAUCCAGGACAGGUGUUGUGAAGCCCCAUGUUGCGACCAUUGAGGAGAUGGCCAAGUUCAACACAGACGCCUACCUGGAGCACCUCCACAAAAUCAGCCAGGACGGAGACAAUGAUGUCCCCCAGUCCGGAGACUUUGGCCUGGGUUAUGACUGUCCGGUGGUGGAGGGUUUCUAUGACUAUGCUGCAGCGGUGGAUGGUGCCACCCUGACAGCCACCCAGUGCCUGCUGGAUAAGAGGGGUGAGGUGACCAUCAACUGGUCAGGAGGCUGGCACCACGCCAAGAAAGAGGACAGGGGAAGGACCAGGGGAAAUGCUGAUGAGUGAUUUAUAUGAGAAAAACAGUUAAAUGUUGUUGAAUAAAUCAUGUUAGUUGGAGGUCCUAUAAUUGUUGGUA